GAUCACGCACAAAGUCGUGUUCAUCCUAGUUUGCACCGGUUUUCUCUCAUUCAUCGUACUCUACAACGGUACACAGUACACACCUACGUCAGAUGUGCUCGUCUACUGCGUCAUCUACUGCACGUGGGUCACCAUGUGCUUACCCUGGCUGGUGCUCAACAUGGACGGGAAGGUUCUGGCCUUGGUUGCUGGUGUUGUGUUCCGUCUGUUUGCCGCUGAUGUCGGCGUCUUGGCCUGGGGCGUCGUCAGGGGGCACCGGCACAUCCUGCACCGUGGGCUGCGCAUGAAACCCCUCCUGGAGCCGUCUAUGAGCUGGCUGUCUGCUGCUGGAUAUAACAUCAGGUACGGUGUUGUUAUAGCCGCUGUGGUGGCCUCGACCUUGACCCUGGCAUUGAACAGCUACCGGCGGAUGGUUGACCCUCGGGUUGUGAAAGUUCUUGAGGCGGGGACGGCGGAGGAGAGCGUGGUCAAGCAGGACGGGGUCAAGCCGGACGAGACCGUGCCGACACGGGUCCCAGGUCUCAAGAAACCCGAGGUCAGCAUAAAGCCGCACCCUCUGGCCAUCAAGGAACUGCCAGACGGCGAGCAGAAGCUGCCCUACCCUGACCCCUGCUACGACCCGCGUCGAAUGACACACGAAGAUGGCGGCUACGACUUGCGGAAAAUCCCACUCGAAAAUGGUAAUUACAACUUACGCACCGUGCAAAUGGAAAACGACGGGUACGAUCUAAGAAAAAUGUCUUAUGUUGAUAGCGGAUAUGACGUAAGAAAAAAGCCAUACGUGGAUAACGGAUACGAUGUUCGUAUGUCUGUUCCUUACGACUACGAUGAGACGAGGCAAGAUGGCGGCGAGAUGACACACCACGUGGUACAGGGCGAGGGGGGCAACUACCCGCGGUACACCGAUGUCGCUGACCAUGACGUCAUGUACCAGCGCUACCCGGAGCAGCCGUGCACCCUCAAGCUCCGUGACCUUGACAUUGCUCUGGGCGGGCUUGGGGUGUAUGACGGCAACACCAGGUACACGGAGGAGGGCAAGUUCUCGCUCAAGGACGUUCCUCUCUGCCGGGGAUACAACAGCCCCGUCAGGUAUCCUAGCAACGGAGCAAGGUUAAAGGACGGGGAACUCUACACGGGUCAAGGUCAGGGUCAAGGUUUCAUCGGCCAGCCUCGGUACCCCGAGGGGUCAGAGAGCUACGACCGAGAGGACGAUGACCUCAGGUAUGCCGCGGACAACACGUGCGACUGGAACGAGAUGAACGGAGACGGCCGGUCUGGCUUGGACCGGACCACGGGCCGCUGGGACAAGGACCCGUACGGCCCGCGGAGGGACCAGGACAAGGACCCGUACGGCCCGCGGAGGGACCAGGACAAGGACCCGUACGGCCCGCGGAGGGACCAGGUGUACAGCAACUCGAGGGGACGGGACGAGCCCCGGGCCACCGAGAUGUCCCCCGGCCAGAGGAGAUACACAGACGUGCACCGCCAGGAGGGCGCCCCGAACUUCUACACCCCGGCCAGGAAAUCUAACCACGACCUGGAGGGGGUGGCGGAGCAGGCCAUGGCGGGGGGCGGGCAGGACAAGAGGAGGUCACGUGAUCAGUGUGGGGACGGAGCAGCCGGCAGGAAUACCGGCAUCCGGGAGAAAAAAAAUCUGGCCACCCUGGAAGAUACCAUGCGAACGUUGACCAGUUUGAGAGACUCCCUCAGAGAGUGAUCUCCCUCUCAAAUGUCAGCUAAGCUAGAGACGUCGGGUAGCAUGGCAAGGGACAUAAUCCUAACGGAUGGUUUCUCUAUAGGAUGGUAUUUUUAUAGUGUUUGGUGUCUGCGCGUGUGUAGUUGUUCACUUAUGUUGACAGCGCACUGUGAAACACGCACCUUUGUUAUGCCACACAAAUAGUGGGUAUAGACACAUACGUAUACAGACACCGUAGUGCUCAGUGGCAGGGAGAUAACUCGUUGAGUGCAGAAUAAACUAACAGCACACGAUUUGGCUCAGUUCUAUGUAGUUCCCGGACAGCAGUACAAAAUUUUUAAAUUUUCAUUUUUUAUUUUUGUGUUUUGGAUUGUUUUUUGGCUAAAUUUUUUUUUUUUUACACAGUUUACUGUGAUUAUGUAUUUUUAAAUUGAGACAUUCAAAGUUUUCAGCUAUUCAAUUGGUAAAA